CUCCCAGUUCGAGCACUCCUCACCACCAUCGACAAGACACCGACAACUCGACGAUUCACCGCCACGAUGUAUCGACUACCACGAGCCUUCCGACUGCGCCAGCAGCAACCACUAAUAUCACGGACAACACCCUCAAUACACAUUGCUCGCGUCCCUCAAAGACGAACGAUCUUCCUCAAAUCUCGCCACCAAACACAACCUAUCCAACUCCAAGCCGUCCGAUUCCGCAAACCCUCCUUCUUCGCUUUCAGCCGACAGGUCCGCGUACUCCUCUGGCUCGGCGUGCCCGGACUAUGGAUGCUCAUGUUCUCACAAUACUUCUCCGUCGAGAUUGUCGACGACUCAAAAGCAGACUCGAAGAAGCCCGCUUCCUCAAUACUCUCUGAAGGCGACGAUGAAGAGGAGGAGGAGGAGAGCUUCUUCAUUCCCAUGACAUGGGCCGUGCCGGUCGCUCGUGAAUUCUACAAAGGAUCCGAUCCGGAAUGGCAAGAGUUUGUACGCAUCGCAAAGGACAAACCUCGACAUCAGAAGAUCCAAACAGAUUUGGCGCAAAUGGUGCACGCAGGGAGCAUGAAACAUCCACGAGUCGCGGCGAUGCUGGGAAAGGACUCGAAGAUUGGGAAAUACUGGUUGGACAUCUCAUUCCCAGAUGGUCCGCCGCAAGAGUUUGAGAGGAAAGGGCUGGAGAUUGGGGACGAUGGCAUCUACUGGAGCGCUGAGAGGAUCAGCCCAGAGGACCAGCAUCGCCUAAAACGAGCACUGGUCCCCACCGCCGCGGCAAGCAGUCUCUACGCUUCCGUCAGCGUAUUCACAGGCAUUCAGUAUCGGCGAUUGAAACAAUGGCUAGGCUGGGAAGGCGUCAACCCCAUGAGUCCAGAGGAGCGAUACAAACACGCCAUCGAAAUGUUCCAGCGCCAACAAAAUGGCCGCGACGGAAACGGCGGAUCAGCGCAGAAAAUGCCACAACCCGGCCCCGACGCCGCUGCUUCAACAUCCGCCACAAGUCCGGACGCCAACACAACGCCUGAGCCCUCCCCCUCCAUCUCCAAAACC